GCUGUGUGUCUGCGCGCGUGUGUGUCCGCGUGUGGGAGAUGAAUUGGAGCCCCGCCGCUGGGUGUUUCCUUCCGAGUGGCUCUGCUCAACACUCCGCUAGGGGAGCACGGAAACUUUUUUUUUUUUUUUUCUGACUGAAAGGAUGAAAACCGAGUAAGUACCCAGAACUUGGAAUUUGGAACGGAAUGCAACAAACCCAAGCAAAACCCUCCCAGUAACCAUGUCCAUUCAAACCGUUUCUUCCCUUUUUAUGUGAAAAGCCGUGAAUGCUUCCAGGAAAGUGGCAAUUUAAAACUGAAUGAAGGGAAGCAGUUAAGCAACAUGAAAGGCUGAACGCUGGACUGCUGUUAAAACCGGAGCGAAAAUGAGAGCUGCGCCCGCAGGCUGGCCUGUCUCCAGCUGUGCUACAGGCGCUCCGGGUUUUAACCUCCUGCGUUUUUCAAUGCUGUGUUUAGGCUCCAGAUUUACGCUGGGGUUGUCUUCUGUUUUCCUGUAAAGCCUUUAUUGUGCGUUGAAGGAUGUUGUGAAAAUCAGGCAUUACCGGAAGCAACAGUUUGGCAGCCUGGAGGGACGCUCAGGUUAUUAGUUACAACUCUUAUUAUUUUGAUGUCUUUUUUUUUUUUUUAACCCAGGCCAGCCACUUUAUUUUCUGUCAUCCAUGGGACAGCUUUUACUAACCUUCUCAGACUUUGGGGACCGAUGAUUCUUUGGCAUGGUUCUUCGGAAAGUUCUUAAGCGGGAUGGAGCAAUCUUGAUGUAAGUUGUGGAAAAAGAAGACAGAUUUCUAUUUUUCAUGCUGACAAAAAAUAGCUGCUAUGACUUUUCCGGCAACGUGGAUGCGGGCCAAGUGAAGUUGAACUGGUCAUGGUCUGUCGUCCAGUGUUCCUUUGUCGUCGGCGGUUUUGCCCCCGGCCCUUCUUGGUGGGCUUGGUGGUGGCGAUCUGUCUCUUCUACCAGACCCUGACACUGCGAGGGACGAGAAAGCUCCCAGCCACUGUCCCCGGGGCUGCCCCAAACACACCCACCGACAGCCAGACGAGCAGAUGCAAGAAAGGAUUCUCUCCAGACAAACAGUGCUUCGUUCUCCCCAGCAGUGCUCAGGAAAUCAGAAAGGUUGAAGAAUCAGUGGAGACGCACUUUGGCAGCCAUGGCAAAAGAGCCAUACUCUACAGGCCCUCUUCCUCCAGCAAAACGGAGCUUCUGCUCCACCAGCAGCUUCUCACUCAGCUUCACUACGCCGUUGUCAUCAUUGAAGAAGGGCUCAGUGCUGACAUGGGGCUGAGGCUGCUAGAAAGAGGUAAGAAUAAGAACUAAUUACCAAAGUCGCUUGAC